GGCGGGGGUUGCAGCGCCCCGACAGGAUGACCUGGCCGCGCACGCGUCCGACGACAUCACCCUGCUCAUGCACGACGGCGCACUCUUCCGCGGGAUGGAGACAGCGGCGGCUCUCCGCAGAGCAGUGCCUGCCUGGUUGACGGAGAUUGCCGCGGAUACUCGCACGCACCGCGCGAUCGCUGGGGACCCGACCAUGGGGGGCAUCCGUUUGCAGAUGCCCUUGCCGUUCGUCCUGGCCACGCGCACCGCGGCGCGCAGCGAGGGCUGGCGCGCCGAGACAGUGAUGGCGCCCGUGUUGUCCAAUAUCGGUUGGUGCGAGCGGCCGGGCCUCAAGCUCCACGUUCGCGACGACGAAGCGCACGGCCGCGCCGCCGUGGUGCAGAUUUUCGUGGCAGGUGACCCCAGCAUGAGGAAAUCCUCCUUGAAGGAGUACACGAGCAAGACUCUCCUGGCCGGCGAUGGCGUCCCCGAAGUCCUGCGCUCGGGCGACGCCGUUUCCACCGACGCCACGGUGAAGGGCAUCCGCACCUCCGUCGCCAAUUACCAGCGCGCGGGGAUCGUGAGCGACGAGGUGGCCACCACCUACGCAGUGCGCGCGCGCACGAAUCCCGGCCUGCACCCCGCCGACAAGGACAAGCUGUGCACGUGGCUCAAUUGCGAGAGAGAUGUCGUCUCGACGGGACAGGGCCGCACGGUGCUCAACGAUUACGCCUUCGUCCACCAGGUGUUCGGACAGCUCGCCCCGGUCGAGCAGGUGCUGAAGCCAGAAGGGCUCGGCUUCACGAAGCGCUUCCACGUGGCCUCGCGGGGGGUCUGGCAGACGGCCCCGGCGGAGUGGGCGCCAACGCAGCGCUCGUCGGAGUCGAAGGCAUUCUUGGCGGGCUUCUUCGACUGGCUGGGGCAGGUGGCGGACGACGACGAGAGGGACCAUUAUUUUGAUGGGUUCGCUCGCACUAUGCUCAUGGAGAUUUUAGAGGCCGUGUCAGACUUCCUGGCGGAAGACAGAGACCCCCCCCUGAACGAACAGUUCGUGGAGAAGCUCCGUUGGGCCGACACCGACUUGGCCCGGUACUCGAACGCGUGCAUGAGGAUGAGGCAGUACGUCGAGCACAAGCGGGGCGGCAUUCACGGCCCCCCUCCGCCGGGGGUCGGCCCGCCCGAGGCUGGCGCCUGCGAUCGCCCCCCGCAGCCCGUCGUUGCGCGCAAGCCAGCAUCGGUCGCCAUGUCGAUUUGCGAUCUGGCACACGCGGUGCACACGUGGCGCCACCAGAUGCACUUGUGGCACGGGUACUUCGUCCACUGCGACGCCGCGUGGCCGCUCGACCAACCCGGUGAACCGCGGGCGCCAACAGGAGAUCCCACCGCCGGCCUGGCCCCCCUCGCGAAGCUCCAGAGGGCGGUCCUGUCGCUGCCGCGCCCCGACGGCGAUGGGUACAUGACCACCUCGGACGCCCGGAAGUUGCUGAAGAAUUUCUUCCGCAAGCACAAGGCGGAGUUCGCGAGCCCGCGCAACGCGCUGGUCGAUGCCGUGGACGACCUGGCCCGCAGCCGCAUCGCUGAGAAGAAGGACGCGGAGGGCGCGCCGGAUGACGCGGCCGCUGCCAGCGCCGCAGGCGCGGCCCCACCGGGCCCGCCCGCCGCGGCAGGUGAUGGCGCCGCGGGCGCGGGCGCAGCGGGACCGCCCGGCGCGGCGGUUGAUGGCGCCGCGGGCGCAGACGCAGCAGGCCCGCCCGCCGCGCCAAGGGCAAGGGGCGGCUGGGCGAUCACUUCGUUCCGCAAGCGCCCGUGGUCCAGCCUGCUGGACGACGGCGACGCGCAGGCGGCCGUUGUGCGUCUGCGUCUCAGCGGCGACGCUUUUCCUUGA